AUGGCGGAAACAGUACAAUAUUACCUUGAGCAAAUGGUCCCUGAACUUGAGGACCUGGAACGUAAAGAAAUAUUCACAAAAGAAGAAAUAAAAUCAAUUGUUAAGAAACGAACAAAUUUUGAAUAUGCACUUAAAAGAAGGCCAGCACAAAUAAUUGAUUUUUUAAAAUAUAUAGAAUAUGAAAUGAAUUUAGACUUAUUAAAAAAGAAGAGAAAAAAUCGGUUAGGUAUCAAAGGAAGAGUUACAAUAUCAGAUUAUUCAAUAAAACGAAGGAUAUAUCAUAUCUUUGAUAGGGCUAUAAUUAAAUUUGCUGGUGAUGUUAAAUUAUGGGUACAGUAUAUCGAAUAUGCUAAAAAUGAAGGAGAUCAUAAAAUGCUUAGUAAAAUAUUUGGGAGUGUAUUACAAUUACAUCCGACAAAUCCUAUGUUUUGGAUAAUGGCAUCAAAAUAUGAAUAUGAAAUUAAUACCAAUAUAAUGUCUGCUAGAGUGUUCUUACAACGUGGUCUUCGAUUAAAUCACGAUUCACAUCAAUUAUGGCAUCAAUAUUUCAAACUUGAGUUAAUAUAUGUUGAAAAGAUAAAAGCCCGUAGAAAAAUAUUGGGAAUUUCUAAUAAAGAUGAUGAAUCUAAUGAUGAAUCUAAUGAUGAAUCUAACGUAGAACGAAAAGAUUCACAAAAUUUUAUUGAGAUAACUGCUGAUGAUGAUUUUUUAAAGACAAAAAAAUUAGAAUUAAAAGGACUAGAUAAUUUACCUAAUCUUGAUGAUGAUAAUUUAUUAUUACGUGGAGAACUCGCUAAGGUUGUUUAUUCUAACGCAAUUAAAGCUAUUCCUAAUGAUUUGUCUUUUAGAAAAGAGUUUAUUGAUGUUUGUCAAGAAUUAUCUGAUACAAAUACGAUUCAGGAAGAAAUUUAUGAAAGCAUACUUAAAGAUUUUGAGAAUAAUCCGGAAGCCUUAUCUUAUGUUGCUGAAAGGCAUGUAGCUAAUAUUUCUGAUGUGCAGAGUGUCGAAUUUGUACAUGCUAUUAAGAAUAGUAUCGAUGAGUUUCAAAAAUGCAUUGAGACAUUGCCUAAUGAUGAAAUGUGGUACUUGUUUUCGAAAUUUUUAUUAAAAUAUUCACGUAUGGUUUCCGAACCUAAUUUGAUUGCUUUUUUAAAUAAAAAAUUAUUAAAAACAUAUAAAACAGCCUCAGAAUCAAACUUGGCGUCAUCACAAAUGUAUUUAGAUUGGAUAAAUUGGAUAUUAGAAAAAGAAGAAAGUAAUAGUAACGAUACUAUAAAAAUGAAAGGAUUAUUAACAAAAGCUACGGACACUUGGCCCAAUAGUUCAAAAUUAUGGGAAAAAAGAAUUAAUAUUACUAUUUCUUUAAACGAUAACGAAGGAGAAAAUGAUUCAAUUGACGAAUUAUAUAAAUUAGCACUUAAAUUAAAUCCUACUUCUUUAAUAUUAUGGGAUUCCUAUAUUUCUUGGAUCUUUAAAAAAUUUAAGAAUGGUGAUUUGAAAGAUUUUGAGUUAGAAAAAUUGUUAUUGAAUUCACUCUCCAAAAUAUCUUCGUUAUCACGAAAUAAUCGAAGAAAUGAUGAUGAUGAUCAACCUAAUGAAGUAAAAGAUCAAAUUAUAACAAGUUAUUUAAGAUGGGCCGUAGAAAAGGGAGGAUUAGAUAAUGCCCGUAAAGUUUAUAAGAGUUUAUUUAAUAAAACCUUACCGACUCUGAAAUUUUAUAAGGAUUGUAUAGAAAUUGAACAGGAAUAUUUAGAAAAAGAAUCAAUAUCUACAAUAUCUGAUUCAAAAUCUCAUUUAAUUUGGCUAUAUGAACAAGCAUGUGGAUUUAAGGAAACUCCGAGUGAUUUAUGGCUUGAUUUCAUACAAUUUUAUUUAAAUAAUAAAGAAAUAACAGAAGCCAGUAAUAUCUAUUGGAAAGCUAUGAAAAAUAUAAAGGAUCCGGAAUCCUUUGAAGCUAAAUAUCGGCAAAUGAUGUAUCAGUAUAAUAAUCAAAAAAAGUAA